GCGGGCGGGCGGGCGGGCGCUCCGCCAGACCCGCCGCGGCGGCGGCAGCGGCAGCAGCGCAGGAAUGGCUGAACUAAACACUGCCCUGGAGACCAUUAGACUAUUGCUAUUUUUAAUCAGGUCCAUCAGAGAAGACAAUAGUGCCUCCCCUUGGAAGGUGGACAGAACUGCAUUUUAGGACUUAACUUCUGAUGGGCUGGAUUUUGUCUUGGCAGGAGUUUUUGAAGAUUCACGCAGUGAGAGAAAAAACAGCCAAUGGCUUCAGAAUCCAUGGUCCCUGAGCAGGCAAAACAACAUCUGAUAAAGGGAAAAAGGCGGCAGCAACAGCAGCAAACUAGACCUUCCAACAGUGAUGGUGAAGAUGAUGUCUUUGUAUUUGAGGCAAAUGAGGCUUGGAAGGAUUUUCACAGCUCUCUUCUUCACUUCUUUGAAGCUGGAGAGCUCUGCGACGUUACACUGAAGGUCGGUUCAAAGCUUAUCUCCUGCCACAAGCUGGUUCUAGCUUGUGUCAUCCCUUACUUCAGAGCCAUGUUUCUUUCAGAAAUGGCUGAGGCCAAGCAGAAGUUGAUCGAGAUCAGGGACUUCGACGGCGACGCGAUAGAAGACCUGGUGAAGUUCGCGUACUCCUCGCGGCUCACGCUGACGGUGGACAACGUCCAGCCCCUCUUGUAUGCUGCCUGCAUUCUGCAGGUGGAACUGGUGGCAAAGGCCUGCUGUGAAUACAUGAAGCUGCACUUCCACCCCUCCAACUGCCUGGCAGUCAGGGCGUUUGCCGAGAGCCACAACCGCAUUGACUUGAUGGACAUGGCCGAUCAGUUCGCUUGCGAGCAUUUCGCGGAGGUCAUGGAGUGCGAGGACUUCGUGAGUGUGUCACCGCAGCACCUCCAUAAACUCCUGUCCUCCAGUGACCUAAAUAUUGAAAAUGAAAAGCAGGUUUACAAUGCUGCUAUCAAGUGGCUGCUGGCCAAUCCACAGCAUCACGCCAUGUGGCUGGAUGAAAUACUUGCACAGGUACGGCUGCCUCUCUUGCCCAUUUGUUUCCUUAUGGGCGUUGUGGCAAAGGAAGAGAUUGUCAAGCAGAAUCUAAAAUGUAGGGAUUUGCUGGAUGAAGCAAGAAACUACCACCUUCACCUGAGCAGCAGGGCAGUGCCUGACUUUGAGUACUCCAUUCGCACAACACCAAGGAAGCAGACUGCUGGUGUGCUGUUCUGUGUCGGGGGCAGAGGUGGAUCAGGCGACCCCUUUCGCAGCAUUGAGUGUUACUCUAUCAGUAAGAACAACUGGUUCUUCGGCCCCGAAAUGAACAGCAGGAGGAGGCACGUGGGUGUGAUCUCUGUGGGAGGUAAAGUCUACGCAGUAGGUGGACAUGAUGGAAAUGAACACUUAGGAAGCAUGGAAGUAUUUGAUCCUCUCACAAACAAGUGGAUGAUGAAGGCAUCAAUGAACACAAAGAGGAGAGGAAUCGCCCUGGCCUCCCUUGGCGGCCCCAUUUACGCAAUAGGAGGUUUGGAUGACAACACCUGCUUCAGCGACGUGGAACGGUACGACAUCGACUCCGAUCGGUGGAGCACAGUCGCCCCCAUGAACACUCCCCGGGGAGGAGUCGGCUCCGUGGCCCUGGUGAACCACGUUUAUGCUGUGGGGGGCAAUGACGGUGUAGCAUCUCUUUCCAGUGUGGAGAAGUAUGAUCCCCAUUUGGAUAAGUGGAUAGAAGUGAAAGAGAUGGGUCAGCGAAGAGCUGGGAAUGGUGUCAGCGAGCUCCAUGGCUGCUUGUAUGUUGUCGGUGGCUUUGACGACAACUCCCCGCUGAGCUCGGUGGAGCGGUUUGACCCACGCAGUAACAAAUGGGAAUAUGUGGCAGAGCUCACAACUCCAAGGGGUGGUGUUGGCAUCGCGACACUGAUGGGAAAGAUUUUUGCAGUUGGAGGUCAUAAUGGCAACGUGUACCUGAAUACAGUGGAAGCAUUUGAUCCCGUAGUGAAUAGGUGGGAGCUCGUGGGCUCGGUGUCACACUGCCGGGCAGGGGCAGGCGUGGCCGUGUGCUCCUGUCUCAGCAGCCAGAUCCGGGAUGUGGGCCAAGGAUCCAGCAACGUUGUUGACUGCAUGUGAGCUCUGCCGCCUCCUCCAAAUUCCAAAGGAAUGAUAAUAGGGAAGCACUGCAGAGCUUUUAAACACUGUGUUUUGUAUGGUAGGUUAAGAAAUCAAUCUAGUACAUUUUCUUUGUGAAAAUGGUACCUUCUGCAGCUGUAAAGCUUUUGGUGACUUUUUAUCAAUAGUGAUACAGAAAAGCCUGUGAUAACAUGGAAUAAAAGUGUGACUCACGGGAGUCACAAGAGCUGCAAUCAUCCCCUUUUUGAGGAGCUGUAAUUUCAGAAUCAUUUGAGGCAGCUGUUGCAGGGACUCAUUAUUACAGGAACUGUAAAGCAGGCAUGGGGAGAAGGCAGAAAUUGUUACUGCUGAACUUCACCCAACAGCCCUGCUACAUGUUUCCUGGAGGACUUGAGUGCCAUUUAAUAUAACUUAUUUUCUGGAAUGAAGUCUUAAACAUUUCCUAAUUGUACAAGAGCUUUGUAACACAAGGCAUCUCAAAUUUUAGAAGGUAAUGACAUCCCUGGUGCAAAAUAAAAUAACUGAGGCAGAGAAGUUCACUGCCUGCCUCCCAAGGGACUGCUGGCAGCAGUGGAACUCAGUCUGAACUGUCUUUCAAACUACUUUCUUGAGCUAAUACACGUGUUAGAAAACAGAAAAGAUUCUUGCCCUGAGUUUAGCCACUGCAAUACCAUUUUUAUAUGAAGUGGAAGUGCAUAAUAAAAUUUGCAGUAAAGACCUUUAAAUGCAACUCUAGGAGAUGACACAACCAGUAUCAGUAUCCAGUAGCAACUGGUAAUUCUCGAGGUACUGGCUCUUUUAAGAAAGUAGGUAGAUAGCCUCAAAACAGGUAGAUGAUGAAAAGCUUACAUAAACCAAAGAGAAUCAGAAAAAAAACAAUUGGGAAUAAACCAGUACUUACAUAAAAAAUUGAAAUAGGAAUUUGACAGUCCUGCAUACAAACACAUCUCGUUAGGCAAUCAGAAACUCUGAAUUCCGAGUAAAGUCCAGCUGGAAAGAUUGCUGAUUCUUGUUCCUGCAUCACCUUGAAAAACCAGCAACUGACAAUCCUUUGUGACCAAAGUUUCACAUUACCAGGUUGUUCCAAGUGACCUGGGAGAGCAGCAAACUUCUCUGCAUUCAGGCCUGAGGAAGAGGCAGGACAGCAUGAGCGUAAGGUGCAGUCAUGCUUUGCUGCUGAAUUACCAUGGUUUAGCUGUCCUGUCCAAAAUGGCUUGCACUUUGGUAGCACCCAGGGACACAGUGAAUGGUACUGUAAAUAAUGAAACAUUGCAAUAAACAUUUGUACUUCAAAGGA